AUGGACGUCCAGCAAUGCUGCACCCCCUCGGAUCUGAGCCAGACGGGGCGCGCCCUCCUCCUCACCAUCCUCUUCCUCGCCAUCCUUAUCACGCUGGCGGGCAACCUCCUCAUCAUCGCCUCCAUUGCCUUCUUCCGGCAGCUGCAGACGCGCUCCAACGUCCUCGUCGCCUCGCUCGCCGCUGCCGACCUCCUCGUCGGCUCGCUCAUCAUGCCCUUCAGCGCCAUGCGCACCGCCGACAACUGCUGGCCCUAUGGCGACCUCUUCUGCCGCCUGCACACGUGGCUCGACUUCUCUGCCACGUGCUCGUCCAUCAUCAACCUUGCGUGCAUCUCGGCCGAGCGCUACAUCUCAGUGAGUGACCCGCUGCGCUACCGGCAGCGGGUGACGCCGCGCGUGCUCAUCGCGAUGCUCACCCUCUCGUGGUCGGGCCUCGCCGUUUACGGCGCCACCUUCCUUGCUGGCUGGAAUGUCGCGGGCAUGGAGGGCGUCAUCGCGGCCGAGAGCUGCCCACACAGCUGCCGCGUCUUCAUGAACGCCGCCACGACGUUCGCCAACGUGGGCGCCUACGUGGCGCCAAUGCUCGUCAUGGCGGCGGCCAACGUGAAGACCUACGGCGUGGCGCGCGACCAAGCAAGGAAGGUGCAUGCCUCCGGGCCGCUUGAUGCACAUGGCCGGAGCCGCUGGGAGGCGAUGAAGCGCGAGCACAAUGCCACCAAGACCAUGGGCAUCAUCAUGGGCGUCUUCAUCCUCCUGUGGCUGCCCUACAUCCUGCUGGCAUCCACCGAGCCCAUGUUAGGCUACGGCACGACGCCGGCGACGUGGGAGGCGGUGAACUGGCUGCCGUACAUCAACUCGACAGUGAACCCCGUGCUGCUCGCGUCCUUCAACCGCUCCUUCAAUGGCGCCUUCCGCGUCAUCCUCGGAGGCAAGGCAACCAGGCCCGGGGCACGCGGCACCGACCUCUACAACCUCCGGGACCGAGUGGGGUGA